ACCUGUUACCAAGGCAGCCAGGGAGAAGCUGUGAAGGGAGCGGACUCUAAGGCUGCCACCAUGGGCACCGCAUCGUCCCUGGUCAGCCCAGGAGAGGUGAUAGAGGACGGGUAUGGAGGUGAAGGAGGGGAAGCCUGUGUGAUCCCGGUGGAGGUGAAGCCCAAAGCCAGGCUCCUCCGAAGCUCCUUCCGCAGAGCGCCUCGCGUGAUCGGGGCCAGCUUCAAAUCCACCGGUUCUGUGGAUCUAGAGUACGCUGCUGAGUAUGAGCGACUCCGAAAAGAGUAUGAAAUCUUCCGUGUGAGCAAGAACAACGAGAUAACAUCCAUGCAAAAGAAGGAAGCCAAGCUGGAUGAGGAGAACAAGAGGCUGAGGGCUGAGCUACAGGCUCUGCAGAAGACCUACCAGAAGAUCCUAAGAGAAAAAGAGAGCGCUCUUGAGGCAAAGUACCAAGCCAUGGAGAGGGCUGCCACCUUCGAACACGACAGGGACAAAGUCAAACGACAGUUUAAGAUCUUCCGGGAGACAAAAGAAAAAGAGAUUCAGGAUCUCCUGCGGGCCAAAAGGGACUUGGAGGCCAAACUGCAACAGCUACAGGCUCAGGGAAUCCAGAUCUAUGACUUAAAUGAUUCUGACUCAGAUGACAACCAAACCACUGUCACAGCUGCAGAGACUCAGUGUGAUUAUUGGUCUGGUGGGGUGCUGGGAAGUGAGCCCUCUAUGGGCAGCAUGAUGCAGUUACAGCAGACCUUCAGAGGACCUGAGUUUGCCCACAGUUUGAUAGAUGUGGAGGGACCCUUUGCAAAUGUGGGCAGAGAUGACUGGGACGCUGCCGUGGCCAGUCUGCUUCAGGUCUCCCCUCACGUGCCCCAGGCCUUAUGGAGUAACACCGUGCGCUGCUACCUCAUCUUCACCCAGGAGACCAAACCUGAGCUGGAUGUCUUUAUUAAGAAACACUCACCUGUGUUACGGAAGAUGUGCGAGGGUCUCGGACAUUUCUACCUGAACGUGUGCUUCCCAGAGGAAAGCGCUGCCUCCUACGAUGUGGAGCGAAAACAGGAGAUUGAAAGAAGCUCUGUGUGUGUGCUUCUAGUCAAAUCGACUGUAACCAGCUCUGUGGUGGAGGAUUGUGAGGAGGCUUUUGUGAAGAAUCCAGACGGCCAUCCACUGGUGCUCUACCUCAGGACUGAAGAAGACCACACUCUGACCGGACCCACCAGACAACUGCUCGAGAGAAUUAACGCUGCAGACAAGGCUGCUAAAGUCAAGGUGGUGGAUCACAGUGGUUCUGCAGAGGAAGGGGCUGACCUAAUUUAUUCUCAACUGGAAAAAGUCAUCAAACAGGAGCUGCUGUGUCUUGAAGGAGCAGAUGUUGACUCUAAGGACUCUGGGAUAGAUGAGGGGCGUGAGGAGGACUCAGGAGACGUGCUGUGGGACCUGCAUGACGAGCAGGAGCAGAUUGAGUCCUACCAGCAGGCCUGCAGCAGCACCUCCUCCCAGCUGGGCUUCCAGAAGUAUAUAGACCGUCUGAAUGACAUGAUAGCUGCUCCUCCUCCCACCCCUCCUCUGCUGGUGUCAGGUGGUCCAGGCUCAGGAAAGUCUCUCCUGCUCUCCAAAUGGAUCGAGCAGCAGCAGAAGCAGUCUCCCAACACCUUGUUUCUUUAUCAUUUCGUCGGUCGCCCGCUUUCCACCAGCUCAGAGCCGGUGCUCAUCAUCAAACGCCUCACGGUCAAACUGCUGCAGCACUUCUGGUCCAUAUCCGGUCUGUCCAUGGAGCCCAGUAAGAUCUUAGAGGAGUUUCCCCGCUGGCUGGAACGAUUAUCAGCACGCCAUCAAGGAAACAUCAUCAUUAUCAUCGACUCCAUUGACCAAAUACAGCAAGCAGAGAGACACAUGAAGUGGCUGAUUGACCCUCUUCCUGUCAAUGUCAGAGUGGUGGUGUCUGUCAAUGUAGAGACGUGUCCUCAAGCGUGGAGGUUGUGGCCCACUCUACACCUGGACCCUCUGAGUCCCAGAGAGGUGAGGAGUGUUGUGAAUGCAGAGUGCCAGAGCAUGGAACUCAAACUAACCAAAGACCAGGAGAAGAAGCUGGAGAGGCACUGCCGCUCUGCCUCCACCUGCAACGCAUUGUAUGUCACACUGCUGGCAAGAAUGAUCAUCAGCAGUAUAUCCGGUUGCCCUCUGGAGAAGAGCCUGGAGCAGUGUCUGCAGUGUCAGGACACCAUGUCUCUGUACCGCCUGGCCCUCAAGAUGACGCUGAACUCCCUCAACACAGACAGGGAGCGACACAUCAUGAGAGAGAUCCUAUGCCUCGUUUGUUCUAGCCAUAAUGGAGUGAGUGAGUCAGAGGUGUUAGAUCUUUUCACAGAGCUGGAGCUGCCGGUCCUGUCCUCUCUGCUGUACCGUCUGAACAGACUCUGCAUCGUGACCCUGCGCUGCGGCCUCAUCAGGUUUCAACACCUGCAGGCUUGGGAAGCUGUAAGGUUGGAGUUCCUGGGUGGAGGAAGUAGCUCGGCUGCUUACAGAGAGAAACUCAUUCAGUACUUCAGUCAGCAGCUCAGCCCGGACCGUGUGACGUGGCGUGUUGCAGACGAGCUGCCCUGGCUGCUCCAACAGCAGGACGAUCGGACCAAACUACAGCUCAGCCUCCUCAACCUGUUUGUCUCCCAGAACCUCUACAAGAGGGGUCAUUUCUCUGAGCUGCUAGCCUAUUGGCAGUAUGUGGGCAAAGACAAGAGCUCCAUGGCCACGGAGUACUUUGACUCCCUGAAACAAUAUGAGAAGAGCUGUGAGAAUGAAGACAGCAUGACCAAGCUGGCAAACCUGUACGAGACUUUGGGACGUUUCCUCAAAGACCUCGGCCUCCCCAGUCAGGCUGUAGCACCUUUACAAAGGUCCCUGGAGAUCAGGGAGACGGCCUUGGACCCGGACCACCCCAGCGUGGCUCGCUCGCUGCACCAGCUGGCCGCGGUUUACGUUCAGUGGAAGAAGUACGGCAACGCUGAGCAGCUGUACAAGCAGGCACUGGAGAUCAGUGAAAACGCCUACGGAGCCGAGCACGCCAGCGUAGCACGAGAGCUGGAGUCCCUCGCCAUGCUCUACCAGAAACAGAACAAGUACGAACAAGCAGAGAAACUGAGGAAGAGGUCAGUAAAAAUCCGCCAGAAGACUGCUCGCCAGAAAGGCCAUAUGUACGGCUUCACACUGCUGAGGCGCAGAGCUCUGCAGCUGGAGGAGCUCACUCUGGGAACAGACUCUGCAGACUCUGCCAAGACACUCAAUGAACUGGGUGUUCUGUACUACCUCCAAAACAACCUGGAUGCUGCUAAGCUGUUCCUGACCCGCUCUCUGGAGACCCGUCAGCGCGUCCUCGGUCCGGACCACCCUGACUGCGCUCAGUCCCUCAACAACCUGGCCGCUCUGCACACGGAGAGGCGGGAGUACGAGACCGCCGAAGACAUGUAUGAGAGAGCGCUGGACAUCCGGAAGAGGGCUUUAUCCCCGGACCACCCGUCGCUGGCAUACACUCUCAAACACCUGGCCAUGCUCUACAAACGCAGAGGGAAGCUGGAGAAGGCCGUGCCGCUGUAUGAGCUGUCUCUGGACAUCAGGGAAAAGAGUUUUGGGCCCAAACAUCCCAGUGUGGCCACAGCACUGGUCAACCUGGCUGUGAUCUACUGCCAACUGAAGAACCACAGUGACGCCUUGCCUCUUUACGAGCGAGCGCUGAAAGUGUAUGAGGAUAGUUUGGGACGUUCGCACCCACGGGUCGGAGAGACCCUGAAAAACCUGGCUGUGUUGAGCUACGAAGAGGGCGACUUUGAGAAGGCGGCAGAGCUUUACAAACGUGCGAUGGAGAUCAAGGAGGCGGAUCCGUCGCUGGUGUGCGGGAACGCCCCGUCCCGCCACUCCUCCAGCGGGGACACGUUCAGUCUGAGAGGACCUGCCCCCCUCCCACAGGCCCCCAGGUGACUCUGUUCAGCCACGGAACAAUAUAGACUGGAAUAACAACAUUUGACCCAUGGUUUCAAACUGGGAACCAUUCUGCUCAUCACGCUGUGGUUGGGUGUUUCUCAAUGUCGAGGACGCUUCCUUGGUAGGACAAGUCUUCCGAGUCAGGUCCUUCAGAAGCUAGGCAAGAAUCCUUCCUGGCAUUCGGAGAACGAAGAAUGGAACAGGCGAGCAAGUGUGCAGGCGUCAUAUGAGAGGCCUCGCCUUACAUUUUCCGCCACAGAUUUUGGAAAUUGGUCCGUGCGCAAAGCAUUGUGGGGAUUUUAAGACCGCGGAGGAUACACAUGUGCAGCCUCGAAAUUUCUCGCUACGAAGGACGCAGGCCUCGGUAAAAUUCCAAGGAGCCUGGAUAUUGGAACAGUCCUUCGGCGGGACUCGAUGACGUAGCAUCCUUGAAAUAGUGGCUCUGGAGCAUCCUUCCUCGACAUUGAGAAACACCCGUUGUUCUCUAAAUGAAGGGUUAAAGGGUUCGGUCAAUUAGACUGCAACCUGGUGGAAGUCUCGCCUAUUAAUCUGUGAAACCUGUGUUUUAACUUCAAGUAUUUAUUAUUAUUUACAACUUAAUCACAUGUGUAGGAAACCUCUGUUAAAUCUGUCCUUUCUAAAUGGAACUCAGGUUUACUCUUAUAGUUAAUUAAGGCACUUUAAUAUUAUAACUGAUAAAACAAUUAAGAAUAACCAGGAACAUUAGGUGCUUUCCAAUGUACAGACGAUAUCAUUAUAUGCACUUUUUCAAACACCUUAAUAUUAAAGUGCACCUAUCAUGCUAUUUAAAAACAUGUCUCUGUGUUUUGCUCAAAAUACAAACAUCAUGCAUUUUAGAA